AUCAUGCCAUCAGGGUUGCCUAAACGUGACCUUCAGCUGUUUGUUUACACCUCUGGGCUACGUUUAUAAUCGUAAAUAAUGUAACAGCGUAUAAACAAUGUAACAAUGUAUUAUGUAAGAGUAAUAGUCAAAUUUUUCCGGGUGUUAAUUUACAAAAAAAUUUAUCUAAAUCCUUACUCCAGGAGUAAGUGGACGGUAAACACGUAUUCUAAAGAGGCAACGUAUCUGUUUGAUCUUGUACGCAGUCGCAGUAACUUCGCCUCGGAGAAACAGUAUAAGUAAUAGUAGACUGGACGAUUAUUUCAUUAGUUGUGACUGGAAGCGUACUGUGAUAGAUUAUGUCACGGUUAUCCGGCAUCGUGUUUCCAUUGUUUUUACUGGUAGCGUUGUUAGGCCAUGGGCAAACGGCGAGCAUACCAAGGAGGUCGCCGGUGCAAACCUGUGGCUAUCAGGCAUGCCCUGCGGUAGAUCCUGAGAAACUAAAUAUUCACCUGGUUGCUCACACUCAUGACGAUGUUGGCUGGUUGAAAACUGUUGAUCAGUAUUAUUUCGGAAGUCGGACAACGAUUCAGAAAGCGGGAGUGCAGUACAUUUUGGACAGUGUGAUACAAGCGCUGUUAGCUGAUCCACAGAGAAAGUUCAUUUAUGUGGAAACCUUCUUCUUGUGGAAAUGGUGGCUGCGCCAAAGCGAUGAGAUGAAAGAAACCGUGCGAAAUCUGAUAAAUGAAGGCAGAUUGGAAAUCAUCGGCGGUGGAUGGAGCAUGAACGAUGAAGCGGUCACUCACUAUCAUUCUCUCGUGGAUCAGUAUACCUGGGGUUUUAGGCGUCUAAACGACACUUUCGGUAGCUGUGCAAGGCCACGUAUCGGAUGGCAAAUAGAUCCUUUCGGCCACUCUAGAGAACAGGCGUCCUUGUUUGCUCAACUUGGAUUUGAUGGCAUGUUCUUUGGACGACUCGAUUAUCAAGAUAAGAGCCAACGACUGGAAGACAAAACUAUGGAAUUCCUAUGGAAAGGAAGCCCAAGUUUAGGAUCUCGUGCUGAUCUCUUCACGGUUGCACUGUACAACACUUACAGCCCACCCCCCGGUUUCUGUUUCGACGUCUUAUGCUCGGACGACCCCAUAAUCGACGAUCCUAACAGUCCCGACUAUAACGUGAAAGAAAAGAUCAGUAAAUUUUUGCAAUACUCGGAGCAACAAGCACAGACGCUACGUACGAAUAACAUUAUACUAACGAUGGGUGGAGAUUUCACUUACCAACAAGCGGAAAUGUACUUCGUCAACUUGGACAAAUUGAUAAGAUACGUGAAGGAGGAGAAAGGUUCCGAGGUGAAUAUAUUCUACUCGACGCCAUCUUGUUAUCUGAAAGCGGUUCACGACGCUAAUCUUCAAUGGACCACGAAAGCCGAUGACUUCUUCCCUUACGCGAGCGACCCUCAUUCGUAUUGGACCGGUUACUUCUCUUCGAGACCUGCGAUCAAGUUUUUCGAAAGAAUGGGAAACAAUCUUUUACAAAUAAGCAAGCAGUUAUCUGUGUUGACCAGUUUGGAGGGACACGAGGAACAUUUAGUGAACUUCCGCGAAGCGAUGGGUAUAAUGCAGCAUCAUGACGCUGUGACUGGAACGGAAAAACAAUUGGUUGCUGAUGAUUAUUCGCGUUUAUUAUAUGAAGGCAUGCAACAUGGAGCAGAUAUUGCUUCUAACGCUAUAAGAAAAUGGAAAUCAAAGGGCGCAGCAGAGCUCAUACAAGAAGAAGCCUACUCAUGCAUGCAAUUUAAUAUAAGCACAUGUUCGUACACCGAAGACGAAAAUUUCUUACUGACGAUUUACAACCCCCUAAGUCGAAGAAUCUCAACUCCCAUUCGUGUGCCCGUAAAAUACGACGCAUACAAAAUCCUAGAACUCGGAGGUGGUGUCGAAAUCGUUUCUCAAACAGUCCCAAUUCCUAAGUCCGUUCGUGAUGUACCCGGAAGGGUGAGCGCUGCGAAUAAUGAACUUGUGUUCGUGGUAUCGAUACCGCCCUUAGGUUUCAAGUCUUAUAAAGUUACACGAAAAUUGGAAAGCGGGAGUCAAGUAUCCGAUGAUCUUUUUAUUGGUAACGAGUUUUACAAUGUGUCGAUCAACGACGACGGAAUAGUAGUUGACUGGAAGAAACAAAAUAAUAUGAGUUUAACUCAAUCCUUCCACUACUACGAAGGAAUGGAGGGUAACAAUGAGGUAAACAAAAACAGAUCAUCCGGUGCAUAUAUCUUUAGGCCCAAGAGCGUGUCAGGAAAGAAUUUCGCGAAUACGGCAACUUAUGAAAUUUACAAAGGUCCAGUGGUAGAGGAAAUUCAUCAGGUGGUCAAUAAUUGGGUAAGUCAGGUAAUUCGAGUGUACAAGAGACAGGAAUACGUUGAAUUCGAUUGGCUUGUCGGACCAAUACCUGUUAAAGACAAGAUAGGAAAAGAAGUAAUAACGAAGUACUCCAGCAACUUAAAUUCCACCGGAGAAUUUGAUACGGACACAAACGGCCGUGAGACACUAAAACGAAAGAGAAACUUCCGUCCAACGUGGGACUUGGUAUUAGAAGAAGAAGUAUCCGGCAACUACUAUCCAAUCACUUCGAAGAUCUCCUUGACGGACAAAGAAAAAUUACAGAAACUCAGCGUCUUGACUGAUCGUGCUCAAGGUGGAUCCAGUAUGAAAGACGGAGAAAUCGAAAUGAUGAUUCACAGAAGGCUUUUGAAAGACGACGCGUUUGGAGUAGACGAAGCCCUCAACGAAACUGCAUAUGGUAAAGGUUUGGUAGUCAGAGGCUCACAUUAUGUUAUUGGAGGAAGCGUCAAGAGUUUGGACGACUUCGUAUUGAAAGAAAAAGAAUUGGCUCUUCAACUUCUUCUUCGCCCGUGGCCUCUUAUUACACCUGUACCAACGAAUUCUGUAAACGAGAACUUCAUGGCUGUCACACAAGCUUCUGGUCUAGCUAAAGGUCUGCCACCGAACGUUCACAUUCUAACUUUGGAGCCAUGGAAGGACAACAAAGUUUUACUGCGACUGGAACACAUUUUCGAAGUGGGUGAAACGGAGACCUUAUCGAAACCCGUCGAAGUUAAUCUACAGGAUUUGUUCACAACAUUCACGAUAACAUCCAUCGAGGAAACCACAUUGGGUGGCAAUCAAUGGUUGAAGGACAUGGAUCGUUUGAGUUUCAAAGCCGUUAACGAAGACGUUCUUCAAAAACAAACAAAUUUGGAUGUUCCCGUUGAAAUUAACGACGGUGCUAUAAACGUUGUUUUGAAUCCAAUGCAAAUUCGAACGUUCAUCGUUGGAGUAGAACCAAAAAGCAAUUGAACGUUAGAGUAAAAUGUCGAAUAUUUUUGUACCUUUAAUACCUCGUACAAUAAAGUAUAAGUCUUUAAUA